CGGUCGCGGGGAGAGCGCUGCCCUGGCGGCUUCUUCCCUCAGCCAGCAUGGGAGCGGAGCCGCGGACGCUGCCGCCCUCCCCCAACUGGUACUGCACCCGCAGCAGCGAUGCCGUGCCCGGCGGCCUCUUCGGCUUCGCCGCGCGUACGUCCGUCUUCCUGGUCCGCGUGGGCCCGGGCGCGGGCGCGAUCACCGGGACGCCCGCGUUUCGAGUCAUAGGAGAGUUGGUGGGACACACCGAGAGGGUCUCUGGCUUCACCUUUUCGCAUCACCCUGGUCAGUACAAUCUCUGUGCCACCAGCUCCGACGACGGGACUGUGAAAAUAUGGGAUGUGGAGACAAAAACAGUCGUCAAGGAACAUGCCCUGCAUCAGCAUACAAUAUCGGCAUUACAUUGGUCUCCUCGAGUAAAGGACUUAAUAGUAUCUGGAGAUGAAAAAGGAGUCUUGUUCUGCUAUUGGAUUAACAGAAAUGACACCCAGCGCCUCUUCGUAGAGCCCAGGACAAUUUUCUGUCUUACUUGUUCACCUCAUCAUGAAGACCUAGUAGCCAUUGGCUACAAGGAUGGCCUAGUGGUUAUCAUUGACAUCAGUAAGAAAGGAGAAAUUAUUCACAGACUCCGAGGGCACGACGAUGAAAUCCACUCCAUAGCCUGGUGUCCCCUACUUGGUGAAGAGUGUUUGUCCAUAAACCAAGAAGAAAACUCAGAAGAACCUGAAAUUCCCAAUGGGAAAGUUGCAGUACAGACCACAGAAGCAAAGGGCUGCUACUUAGCCACUGGAAGCAAAGAUCAGACCAUUCGAAUCUGGAGCUGCUCCAAAAGCCGAGGAGUGAUGACUUUGAAAAUCCCUUUUCUGAAGAGACGAGGAGGGGGUGUGGACCCCACAGUUAAAGAGCGCCUUUGGUUGACACUGCAUUGGCCCAAGAAUCAGCCAACACAGCUGGUGUCCAGCUGCUUUGGGGGUGAGCUGCUGCUGUGGGAUCUCACCCAGUGCUGGAGACGGAAAUACACCCUCUUCGGCGCUUCAGAAGGGCAGAAUCACUCCAGAAUUGUCUUUAAUUUAUGUCCUUUGCAAACUGAGGAUGACAAGCAGCUGCUCCUGUCCACAUCCAUGGAUAGAGACGUGAAAUGCUGGGACAUGAGCACGCUGGAGUGCUGCUGGACCCUGCCUUCACUUGGUGGCUUUGCAUACAGCCUGGCCUUCUCCCCUGAGGACACAGGCUACCUGGCCAUCGGUGUUGGUGAUGGCAUGAUCCGGGUAUGGAACACAUCAUCCAGAAAGAACAGCUAUGACGUGAAAAACUUUUGGCAGGGAGUCAAGUCCAAGGUUACAGCGCUCUGUUGGCACCCAAAAAAAGAACAUUGUUUGGCCUUUGGAACUGAUGACGGAAAAGUGGGAUUGUACGACACCUUCUCCAACAAACCACCACAGAUUUCGAGCACAUACCAUAAGAGGACUGUGUACACACUCGCUUGGGGGCCCCCAGUACCCCCCAUGUCACUUGAAGGAGAAGGAGACAGGCCUUCCUUCACUUUGUACAGCUGUGGCGGGGAAGGGGUUGUCUUCCAGCAUAAUCCCUGGAAGUUCAGCGGGGAGGCCUUUGACAUCAACAAGCUCAUCCGGGACACCAAUGCAGUCAAGUACAAACUGCCUGUGCACACGGAGAUCAGCUGGAAAGCAGAUGGCAAAUUCAUGGCUCUUGGCAAUGAAGAUGGAUCAAUAGAGGUAUUUCAGGCCCCCAGCCUGAAGCUGGUGUGCACCAUCCAGCAGCACCACAAGCUCCUCAACACCAUGAGCUGGCACCACGAGCACGGUGGCCAGCCCGAGCUCAGCUACCUGCUGGCCUCUGGCUCCAACAACGCCGUCAUCUACGUGCACAACCUGAAAGACGUGCUAGAGAGCGAUCCUGAGUCUCCAGUGACCAUUACUGAGCCCUUCCGCACGCUCUCAGGACACACAGCCAAGAUCACCUGCCUGGCGUGGAGCCCCCAUCAUGAUGGGAUCCUGGUGUCUGCCUCCUACGAUGGGACGGCCCAGGUGUGGGACACCCUCCGUGAGCAGCCUCUGCACAAUUUCCGUGGACACCGAGGCCGGCUGCUCUGUGUGGUGUGGUCCCCGUUGGACCCGGAGUGCAUCUACUCAGGGGCAGAUGACUUCUGCGUGUACAGAUGGCUGCCCUCCGCACAAGAUCACUCGCGGCCUCCCCAAGGCAAAAAAAGUAUUGAAUUAGAGAAAAAACGGUUCUCUCAACCUAAACCAAAGCCUAAAAAGAAGAAAAAGCCCACCUCACAAAUGCCUGUAAAGCAAGAGCCACUUGAGGGACAUGAAGAAGAGAACACAAAGGAGAACGAGGUGCCUGUGGAGAAUGGGGUGUCCGACCCGGAGGGCGAGGAAGAGGAGGAGCCAGAGGCGCAGCCACCGCUGCCGGAGGUGCUCUGGGAGCACGGCCCUGGGGCUCCUAGAGAACCAGUUUCCUGCAUUCCAACUUCAUCAAGCUGUGAGAAGUCAAAAGCUCCUCUUAAUAGUAAAGUCACUUUACUAAAAAAGGAGCCACCCAAAGAGAAGCCAGAAGCCUUGAUGAAGAAGAGAAAAGCCCGCUCCAUGCUUCCUCUGAGCACCAGCCUGGACCACAGGUCCAAAGAGGAGCUUCACCAUGACUGUCUGGUGCUGGCCACUGCCAAACACCGCCCAGAGGUCAACGCAGAUGCAUCUGUUGAUCUUGAAGAAAGAUUUCACCUGGGGCUUUUCACGGACAGGGACGCCCUAUACAAAAUGAUCGAGACUGAAGGAAAAGGUCAUCUGGACAAUGGUCAUCCGGAGUUAUUUCACCAGCUCAUGCUUUGGAAAGGAGAUCUACAAGGUGUGCUGCAGACCGCAGCAGAACGCGGGGAGCUCACGGACAGCCUUGUGGCCAUGGCGCCAGUGGCGGGCUACCACGUGUGGCUGGGGGCCGUGGAGGCCUUUGCCAAACAGCUGUGCUUCCAGGAUCAGCAUGUCAAGGCUGCCUCUCAUCUGCUGUCCAUCCAUAAAGUGUACGAAGCCGUGGAGCUGCUGAGGGCCAACCAUUUCUACAGAGAAGCUAUUGCAGUAGCCAAGGCCCGACUGCGCCCCGAGGACCCUGUACUGAAGGACCUGUACCUCAGCUGGGGAGCUGUCCUGGAAAGAGACGGCCACUACGCUGUGGCAGCCAAAUGCUAUUUAGGGGCCACUUCUCCUUUUGAUGCAGCCAAAGUUUUGGCAAAAAAGGGGGACACAGCGUCAUUGAGGACAGCCGCAGAGCUGGCUGUGAUCUCGGGCGAGAACGAGUUGGCCGCCCUUCUGGCUCUCAGGUGUGCCCAGGAGCUGCUGCCCACCAAGAACUGGGUGGGCGCCCAGGAGGCCUUGCAGCUGCACAAGAGUCUCCAGGGCCAGAGGUUGGUGUUUUGCCUCCUUGAGCUCCUGUGCCGGCAUCUGGAGGAGAAGCAGCUUCCAGAAGCCGCAGGCGGCUCCUACCACACAUGGGCCACGGACACCGAGGGGCCCUUCGUGCAGCGAGUGACCUCAGUGUGGAAGAGCGCCUUCGGCCUGGACAGCCCAGGGCAGUGUCGGGCAGCCUUGCAGAGACUGCAGGACAUUAAGUACCCGUCUGCUACAAACAACACGCCCUCCAAACAGCUCCUGCUUCACAUCUGUCAUGACCUGACCUUGGCAGUGCUGAACCAAGAGGCAGCCUCCUGGGAUGAGGCUGUGCAGGCGCUGCUUCGGGCGGUGAUGCGGAGCUACGAUUCAGGGAACUUCACCAUCAUGCAAGGAGUGUGCUCGGCCUUCCUCCCCGACGGCUGUGGCCACCUACGAGACAAACUGGGUGACCAUCAGUCCUCGGCGGCAGCAGCUCUCAGAAGUGUGGAGGCCUUUUGCAUGUAUGGGCGUCUGUAUGAGGUCUGGUGGUCGCUCUCCGGACCUGGCUCCGAGCCAAGCAUCUGGGUCAGGGCUGAACACCAGAAGACACUGGCGGCUGGGCAGAGCCAGCAGGUGGACAGGGACAAGGCCAGUGCUGAGGAGAUGCGCUGUGGCGCCACAGAGCCCAGCGAGAGACUCUCAGAGGAGAGCAUGCGGGUGCUAAGCACCUGCCAGGGGCUCUUCUCAGAGCCGCACGCCAGCCUCCAGAAUGCACAGAGGACUGCAGCUCGAGUCCAGGAGACGCUGGCGGAAAUGAUCCACCAGCACCAGAAGAGCCUGCUGUGUACGUCAACGGCCAGUGGGCCCAGCAAGAGCGAACCCGAGCAGGAGACCGGUCCUGAGAGCCAGUGUAACAGCAAAGGAGAAAAUGAGCCAGUUUCUCUGCCAGAAUUAACCAGAAGGCUUACGGAGGCGAAUCAAAGAAUUGCUAAGUUCCCUGAAAGAAUCAAGACCUGGCCCUUCCCGGAUGUGCUGGAAUGCUGCCUCGUCCUGCUUCACAUCAGGUCCCAGUGUCCUGGCUCUGUGCCCCAGGACCUGCAGCAACAGGCCCAAGAACUCCUUCAGAAAUAUGGCGACACUAAAUUGUACGGAAGACACUGCCAGACCUUCUGCACGUAAACCCUCAGGGCCUUACAGAAGCCAUCUCCCGACUGUCUCGGCAGCUACACCUCUCUGGCAUACACGCUGGCACAGAUGCGUCUGCAGUCAUGCAGACCAGCACAAGAGGGAUGAGCGUGAAUUGGCUUUGUCCGUAGACAGCGCGUGGCCUGACUCUGGCCUCAGCUGCAGUUUGCUACAGACUAAAGGAAAGAUCAUGGAAAACCAGCAGCUGUUAACAGGCAGCACCAGCAGAGUGACCGUGGCUGUCGCAAAGCCUUACGCAGGUUUCCCCCAAAGAGGAGAAACUUCCGUAAUCCCCUGUGGUGUUCUUGAACACAAACUACCUUCGUAGCUUGUUCUGGUUGGAGAGAGGACUGCCACACCCUGUGACUGGUGGUAUAUAGUUAAUUUUGUUUCAUGUGUAUUAACCCAAGCUCUUCCACCUCUAUUCCUCCGAAAGUUCUAAAUGUGAAACAGGCCUUACCCAUCAUGUUGAUUCUGCCUUGUCUCGCCUUUGGGUUAGAACUUUGUUUUUUACGGUUUCAUAGAAUUGCUUAUUUGGAUAAAUCACUAAAGCUUUUCAGGAAUGAAAGACUAA